UUUCCUCUCUUGCAAGUUUCUUUGAUUGUGGCACAUUGGACAAGAUGCUCUCAUCACAAGCAACGAAUCGGGCGCUUCGCUUGUCGCUCCGCGCUCGCCACUUUUCCACAUCUCGUCCUGUUGCUGCCGUUUCGCCAUACAGAUCGCCGAAUUCCUCGGCAAAGCCGCAAAAGAAAGUCGAGAAGAGAGAACAGAGCACUGCUGCCGCCACGGCCGCGGCGCAUACUUCGCCAGCUCGUGCUGUGCCCAGUCCGGCCUUCAAUCGCUCUGGCAAGGACGAUGUCCAGCCUCUCCAGGCCUUCAAGCAGCCCGAGAUGGACCACUCGUUCGUCGGCAUGAACGGUGGUCAGAUCUUCCACGAGAUGAUGUUGAGACACAACGUCAAGCACGUCUUCGGUUACCCGGGAGGUGCCAUCCUGCCCGUCUUCGAUGCUAUCUACAACUCUGAAGCCUUUGACUUCAUCCUGCCCCGCCACGAGCAAGGCGCUGGCCACAUGGCCGAGGGUUACGCCCGUGCCUGUGGUAAGCCUGGUGUUGUCCUCGUCACCUCUGGUCCCGGAGCCACCAAUGUCAUCACACCCAUGCAGGACGCUUUGAUGGACGGCACCCCCAUGGUCGUCUUCUCCGGCCAGGUCCCUACCACCGCAAUCGGCUCCGAUGCCUUCCAGGAAGCUGACAUCAUUGGUAUCUCGAGAGCCUGCACAAAAUGGAAUGUCAUGGUUAAGAACAUCGCCGAGCUGCCGCGCAGAAUCAACGAGGCCUUCGAGAUUGCUACCUCCGGCAGACCUGGCCCCGUCUUGGUCGAUCUGCCCAAGGACGUCACUGGUGCUGUGCUCAACCGCCCCAUCCCUAUGAGCAGCACCCUUCCCACCCACCCCAGUGCUGCCUCGCUCGCCGCAAAGGACUUGAGCAGAAAACAGCUCGACACUGCUAUCGCCCGUACCGCUGCUUUGAUCAACAUGGCAAAGAAGCCCGUCAUCUACUGUGGUGCUGGUAUCCUCGGUCACGAGGAUGGUCCCAAGCUCUUGAAGGAGCUCUCCGAGAAGGCCCAGAUCCCCGUCACCACCACUCUUCAGGGUCUUGGUGCCUACGAUGAGCUCGACCCCAAGGCUCUUCACAUGCUCGGUAUGCACGGUUCCGCCUUCGCCAACAUGGCCAUGCAGGAGGCCGAUCUCAUCAUUGCUCUUGGUGCCCGUUUCGACGACCGUAUCACUGGCCACGUCCCUCGCUUCGCUCCUCAAGCCCGUCUUGCUGCUUCUGAGGGUCGCGGUGGUAUCGUCCACUUUGACAUCAUGCCUAAGAACAUCAACAAGGUUAUCCAGUGCACCGAGGCUGUCGAGGGCGAUGUCACCGACAACCUCCGCCAUCUUCUCCCCCAGGUCAACAACACCGCUGAGAGUGAGCGCAAAGAGUGGUUCGCCCAGAUCGCCGACUGGAAGCAGCGUUUCCCUUGGGCUUACGAGAAGGAAUCUGGCCCUGACUCCCUCAUCAAGCCUCAGACCGUCAUCAGCAUGCUGUCUGAUCUGACCGCCCACAUCAAGGACAAGACCGUCAUCACCACUGGUGUUGGUCAACAUCAAAUGUGGACCGCUCAGCACUUCCGCUGGCGCAGCCCUCGCACCAUGAUCACUUCCGGUGGUCUCGGCACGAUGGGUUACGGUCUCCCCGCCGCUAUUGGUGCCAAGGUUGCCUGCCCUGAAAAGCUUGUCAUCGACAUCGACGGUGACAGCUCGUUCUCCAUGACCCUGACUGAGCUUUCCACCGCAGCGGAGUUCAACAUCGGCUGCAAGGUCCUCAUCUUGAACAACGAGGAGCAGGGUAUGGUCACACAAUGGCAGUCCCUCUUCUACAACGAUCGCUUCGCUCACACCCAUCAACGUAACGCCGACUUUGUCAAGCUUGGUGAUGCCAUGGGUGUCCCGGCUCGUCGCUGCAAUAAGAUCGACGACCUCAAAGACAGCCUCCAAUGGCUCAUUGAGGGUUCCGGUGAGGGCCCCGCCCUUCUUGAGGUUGUGACUGACCAAAAGAUUCCCGUCUUGCCCAUGGUUCCUGGUGGCUCUGCCCUCCACGAGUUCCUUGUCUACGAUGAAGCCAAGGAGAAGGAGCGCCGUAAACAGACAAGAGAGCGCAGCGGAAGAUAGACGUACCUCUCGAUGCGAUGAGACGUCUUUUUCUCUCUUCUUCCUCUUGUAAAUUCUUUUGGCGACUUUUUGCCUUUCAUGAUGACUUUGUGUGGUGUUUUUUGAGCAUAUUUGGCAGCGGAAAAAGAUUGUGGUUUUAUGGCGGGCGUUUUAUAUCUGGGAUUCCGAGACGAUUCGAUUUUUUCGUUCAAAGAGAUGGAUCAGAGUGCAAAGCUGGAUAUCUGGCCUUCCUGGGUGAACAAAAGUCUACAUUUUCCGUCAUCGCUUGAUAUUGUCUUGCGCAUGAGCGCUAGGCAGAGGGAGAAUGCGAAAUGAAACCGCAUUCUCAAUUGAUGUUUCAAUCGUGUAACCAGUUGCUCUCACAUCAUAAUCUGCGAGUGUGUGAUCUUGUGCUUGCUUAUUUUAUGCUUAUUUUAGCAUUC